GCAACGUUCCUAAAGUGAUUUCUUUCAGUGAAAUUAACAGGAUUACUACCCGUUCUCCAUUAAUACCCGCACAAGUAAUUAGUCCAGUAGGGAUUAAUGCAAUUAUUGUGUGUUGUCUGUCAAUAGGUUGUGUUUGACGAGAUAUAUGUCAUCAUUUCUGGACCAGUGUUGACAAAGGAAGACACGAUUUUGAACGCAUCGGACUACAAUACAACGUGCUAGCUGAAGAACAGUGCAGUGCAGUGCUAGCAGUGCUGUGGGAGUUGCUAUCGGCGUCACUUACUUACACCUGCACCUGGCCUGGCCUGGCCUGGCGAAGAAGCGGCUAGCGGCUCUGUGCAGUGCUGGCAGAGCUCGAGCUGAGCUGAGCUCAGACUAAGCUGAAUUAAAUCUAAGAGGCUAUAAAGAGUAGACUGAGUCUAAGUUCAAGGAUCAACUACAAGACGACAUAGGUACUGACUAGGAUCAGCCAUGUACAAUCCUAGUCAAGCAGUUCCUGUCUCCCUUCACAAAAACCAGGACAAUCAGGAUGGAGGGCAACAGAGGAGUCAUUACCCUCAGAUCAGUUCCCAGCAGAGUCAGUCCUACCUCUCUGUUCCCUCCAUUGGCACACCCUCGUUUGGCUCGGUGGGGAGUGUGUCGUCCCUGGCCCCAGGUAGCAGCUUUAUUCCACCCUCCCCCAUGGCUCCAUUAACACCAGCUACACCAGCUAGCAGUGAGUCAUCAGGCAUCGUUCCACAACUUCAGAAUAUUGUGUCAACUGUAAAUCUAAACUGCAGGCUAGAUCUGAAGAAAAUUGCCCUCCAUGCAAGAAAUGCAGAAUACAACCCCAAGAGAUUUGCAGCAGUGAUCAUGAGGAUACGUGAGCCAAGAACCACAGCUCUAAUCUUCAGCUCAGGGAAGAUGGUCUGUACUGGUGCAAAGAGUGAAGAUGACUCCAGAUUAGCUGCAAGGAAAUACGCAAGAGUUGUACAGAAAUUGGGCUUCGCAGCAAAAUUCUUGGAUUUCAAAAUCCAGAAUAUGGUUGGUAGUUGUGAUGUCAAGUUUCCCAUCCGACUUGAAGGUUUGGUGCUAACUCAUGGACAGUUCUCAAGCUAUGAACCUGAGCUGUUUCCAGGUCUGAUCUACAGAAUGGUGAAACCUCGUAUUGUACUCCUCAUCUUUGUUUCAGGAAAGGUGGUAUUAACAGGUGCUAAAGUGAGGCAGGAGAUCUAUGAUGCCUUCAAUAACAUCUAUCCUAUUCUGAAAUCCUUCAAAAAGACUUCCUAGCGCAUGGCACGGUUGUGUAAAGCACAAAAGAGACUCCCCAAAAAUGGUGACACUUGGUAUUAUUUUUUUUUAACACCAGAACGGAUUAGUGAAAGGAUUGAGAUUUCAGUGAAAUAUGUUGGAGGUACUUUGUGAGACAUAUAUCGGAAGGAGACCAGUGAGAAUUACAUGUGAGGAGAGGUUAAAGCCUGAGCGUGACUUCUCAUUUCUGGAUAGUGACUCAAGAUCAGCUGUUGAUUAAAGUGAAUUGAAAAACUAGG